AUGGAGCUCCACGGCAACACCUUCAAGAAGGGGAACGACACCAUGGCCAUGGCGCCGCUGUUGCCGACACCGACCCAAAAUCCGAAGCACUGCACAGCACACAAUCCCCCAGUCGACAUCCACCGGCUCCACCUCGUGGCGCAGCAGCCACCACACCUCAAAAACGUGCGGGACCUGCCAGAUCCGCGGCCUCCGGCAACUUGCGCGGCCACGCCUGGCCGCCUGUCGUGGCCACCACGUGCCGCCUCGCGCCUGCACAGCCACAACCGAGCUGCAGGUGCAGCUCACCUCCGCCGCACGCCAGAUCGUGACCCGAGCAGGAACACCGCCAAGCUCCGGGGCCGCCGCCCCGGCAUUCGGUCGCCGCGAGCACCGACCGCCGCCCCCAGCCGCAGUUGCCAGCCUCGAGUGGCCUUGAAGGCGACCCUGGCACGCGAGGCAAGGCACAGAGGACCGCGCCCUGCUCCUAGCCCCGCACCACCGACGCACACGCAUCAGCCGCCGCCGCUUGAGAUCCGUCGAUAUUCGUCGAGGCGCGCGCGAGAGAAGACAACCCCGCCGCCGCCGACGCUGUGCGGGCUUUGCCCGCGGCGCCCUGUGGCGGCGGCGAGGUGGGGGAGGAAGCGGGAGGGAGCUGACCGCAGUGGCGCGCAUGGUCCGACCGAGCCGUUCCUGUGA